AUGGCCACCGCCACUGCCACAGUUACCGAGACUCGAACAGAGUCCAUGACGGCUGAUACGAUCCUCCGCCUCUUCCCCGACAUCGACACUAGCUCAGAGGCACUUUCUGGCCAUGACGAGGAGCAGAUCCGGUUGAUGGACGAGGUGUGCAUUGUACUGGACGACAAUGACAUGCCUGUAGGCAAGGCCAGCAAAAAAAUCUGCCAUUUAAUGUCCAACAUUGACAAGGGACUGCUUCACCGGGCCUUUUCAACAUUCCUGUUCAACGACAAAAACGAGCUCCUCCUGCAGCAGCGUGCAUCGGAAAAGAUUACCUUUCCAGAUAUGUGGACCAACACGUGCUGCUCGCACCCUCUGGCAGUGUCUAGCGAGACCGGCUCUAACCUCGCCGAUGCCAUUGAAGGAGUGAAGCGUGCGGCGCAGCGAAAGCUUGAGCACGAGCUGGGCAUUAAGAAGGAGCAGGUUCCAAUCGAAAAGUUCCAUUUCCUUACCCGCAUUCAUUAUAAGGCUCCCAGUGACGGCAAGUGGGGAGAGCACGAAAUCGACUACAUCCUGUUCAUCAAGACGCAUGUCGAUCUUGAUCCCAACCCCAAUGAAGUCAAGGACACUCGGUACGUCAGCGCCGACAACCUAAAGGAGCUAUUCGAGGACUCUUCCUUAAAGUUCACCCCGUGGUUCAAGCUCAUUUGCAGCUCUAUGCUGUUUGAGUGGUGGGCGAGCCUUGACUCUGGUCUGGAAAAAUAUACCAACGAGGAGGAGAUCCGACGAAUGCUGUAA